AUCUGCCGAACGGUCUCCAACGCAAAUUUAUCCUACGCUAUAUAAUUGCCCUGAUCGCGAAACGCUCCCACUCGAAUUCGAAUUUCCAGUGACACGAUUCCCAAUUCCAACCCAGCCGAAUAGCUGAUUGUCUCCGAUCCCCAAUGGCAGAGCUGUUCUUUGGGAGCCCUUUCCGCCGCCUCCUCUACGCCCGCCCCUCCGCCGCCGGCUGGCCGUCGUCCACCACGGCGGCCAUGGACUGGGUGGAGACGCCGACCUCCCACGUCCUCCGGAUCAACGUCCCGGGCCUGGGCAAGGACGACGUCAAGAUCCAGGUCGAGGACGGCAACGUGCUGAGCGUCAGGGGCGUUGCGCCUGCCGCGGCGAAGGAGACGAAGGAGGAAAACGAGGAGGCCGUGUGGCACGUGGCGGAGCGCGGGAAGCCGGAGUUCGCGCGGGAGGUGGUGCUACCGGAGCACGUCAGGGUGGAGCAGAUCCGGGCGAGCGUGGACAAUGGCGUGCUCACCGUCGUCGUGCCCAAGGAGCCCGCGCCUGCCCGGCCCAGGACCAGGCACAUCGCCGUCUCCAGCAAGCUCUGAGACCGAAUUGAGUCUUGGUACUGGAAAGCUCGGUGGCUCCGUUAUUGCGGUGUGAAUUUGUAAAUCAAAGGUGCACGUUCUCACUUGUGAAUUGUGAUGUGUUAAAGGAGCGAAGCGGCAUGGAAUACUACUGUAAAUUGGCUUACUGGAGUCUGGACUACAGUAAUAAUUCUGAAUCGUUGGUUGCGGAUGUGUGAUCAUGUUUGCAUGCUUAUGACAAAAAUAAAUUUACCACAAUGUUAUACGGAGUA